UUUUGUAUUUGCUUCAGGGUUGAUAAUGUUCUGCUACGAUAAGCCUCAAAACGCACGAAAAACAACAUGGUUUAGUUAGCGAUGGCCUACUUUUCGUUCUCUGUUUAUCUUCUACAUGUCUUGCUACAUGACAAGUUGGGCUCGCUAUGCGGGUACUGUCACCUGGAAUAUUUACCAUCAUGUCUAGGAUUUGAUGUUGCUUUAAUACAGAAAAAUACAUAAGAGAAAGCUGUCACUACGAUAAUGCAUAUACUUUGUUGUGAUUCUGGCAUAAUUGGGUUGAACACGUUGCGCACAAAGUUGUCCUGGAUGGAUUAGGAAAAGCAAUUUUGGGGAAAUGAUGAAGCCAAAAAAUAAAAAGGAAGCAAAUGCUUCUAAAGAGGUUUCAGAAAGUCUUAUAUCUUUCUGGUGGAAGCUUAGCGUGAGGGAGAGGAAGUCACAUUUUGAGACAAUCAAAGUAGAUCUCUUGUCACCAUUUUUGUUUUGUGGAAGCUACAGAGAUAAGUUUUGUCUACGCUGGGCAAAAGAUAUUGCAAUUCUUAAUUCUGACAGCAGCACCCAAGUUCUUCGUGAUGAAAUUUAUCGAAGGAUUGAUCUUUUUGAAGAAGCAGUUACUGUUCUGCAAGAAAGCCUAUCAAAGUUUGAAGGGAAGAAACAUCUAGACGGUAUGAUAAAGUCGAUGGAAGGAAUAAGAAAAGAAUACAAAGGAACUCAGGCUGUGCCAUCUGCAACAACGACUCUAAAGGGAAUCGGCCAACAAGACUGGUUUAAGCAUUUCAGAUCAAAUAUGGUUGAUUCCAGAAUUAUAGACAGGAAUUUUAGAGACACUACCUUACUCAUUUCUUCCAUGAAAGUUUUUAUCUAUAUCGAAUCACUAAAGCUAGGCGAAUUUCCACUGGAAACCUAUCGAGAAAAGGCCACCAUUUCAGAUGGAAAGAUUCUGAUUGACAAGGAAACUGCAAAUCGACAUUUCACCGAGAAAAAGUACGAAAAAGCGAUCACCAUGUACACCAAUAUUCUUGAUGUCAAGCCAUAUUGUCAUAUCAUAUAUUCUAACCGCGCACAGUGUUACCUGAGUUUAGGAAGACACAGGUUAGCGUUAGCUGAUGCGAGAAGGGCAAUAGCAUUGAACCCUUCGUCAGAAAAGGGACAAUACAGAUUUUGCCGGUCACUCGAAUUAUUGGGGAAACAAGAUGACGCUGCACGGGCGGUUCGCAGGGCCUUGCAGGCCUGUCCUGAAUCAGCCGAUCUUGAAAAGCUGCAAAGAAGAAUCAGGCAAAAACUCGAUUCAAGUCAAGUUGCUAGAAGAAUGGAUUUAAUUCUCAGGAGUGAUGAACCCCCGGAAUUGGUAAGCCCUUCCAGUGGAGACCAAAGCUCGGAAAGCUCGGAUUCUUUUAGGCCUAAUUUUAGCGAUUCCGAAGACGAGGAUUUUGAAGAGUCUUGUAGUUCUGAAGUUCCUGUAUUGGUCUCAGAUUCUGACGAAUGGUGUGAUGAUGAUUCCCAUGAAUCUAUAGAAGAAAGUGUCAAAGAAGUGAAAAAGACGCUAAAGACCAAAAAACGUUUGCCAGCUAGUUCUGUCAAGAAAAUAAAAGGAAAGAUCUCAAAUUCGGCAAAGGAAGACAAUAUGCCUAACCUACAGAUUGAAAUGAAAAAGGGCACCAAGUUUUUCAUGGCCAAAAAUUACGACUGUGCUAGCACCUACUUCAAUUUAGUUUUGAAUCUUUCAAAGUCAAAGAAAAAUCUUUCACUUUCAAGAGAAGAUGAAGUCAUUCUCAUUUAUGCGUAUGGAAUGUGCUCUUUCGAAAGUGGAUCGACCGAGGAUAUGGGGGCAGCCAAAAAGCAGUUUGAUUUGAUUAUAGAAAAAUUUAAAGAUGUUAACUUUCCUCUUGCACACUAUGGUUGUGGACGAAUCUAUCACAGACAAUCCAAAUUUUCAGAAAUGCAAAUAUCACUACACAAAGCUUUGGAUAUUAUUGCGAGAUUCGGCGUUGUCUUGCGUAGAUGGCCAGGCUCUGAUUUUGUGAUCGAAGAGACCAAACCAGGAAAACUUGAGUAUUACAUCUCGCAAUUGCUGACUUCAGCCGUUGGCUCUGCACGACUACCAGAUGCCGUUUGUCGAUUUGACUUGUGUGACCUGAGUAGAAAUAUUUUCAAAGACGAUUUAGAUUUUAAGGGUUAUAUACAAAUGAAAUGCAGCGAAGCAUGUAAAAUAGAAUAUCAUUCAGUUUGCUGGCAAAAAGUAAAGAAAAAAUUGAAUUUCAAAGAUCAGUCCCCGUUGAAGGAUUUCCUUAAUAGAAAAUGUCUGACGCCCGAUUGCUCCGGACUAUUAUAUUUUAUGCAUUAUACAUUCUUAAAUCGAGAUGGAGAGAUAAAAAACAAAGAGCACAAAAUCGAGCUGCCUAGAAAACAAAAUACCGGCGUUUCGAAAAUUGAUAAAUCGAAGCGAAUGAAACCCUGCAGCCACAAGAAGCUCAUGAAGAAGUCAUCUUUAGAGGAAGAAAAAGAGAAGAAGAAGAUGGAAAAAAUCAGAGAAAUAGACGAUGACAUUACCAACAUUUUGAAUGAGCUUGACGAAGAAGAGAAUAUGCGUAAACACAUUACAGAGAUCCCAUUGCUCAACUCUCGUACACCUUUUUCAUACAGAGACGCGGCUUUAUUUCCGUUGAGAAAAGAAGAGGUGUCGGCUGGUAAUGCAAGCAAACAGGGAACCAAGGGACGCAGGAAAAAGAAAAAUAAGGGAUCACAAAAUUUAACAACAUUUAUCGGUGAAGAAGAAACAAAUUCCCUGCGUCAGGUUUUACAGGAAGUGAGAAAAAUUGAGAGAUCUCCGUCACUCUCGUCUUCGGCUGCGUCUAGUAACUUUGAUCUGUCUUCUACAGUUUUUGAGCAGUCCCAAAUUCAAGGUUUUGAUUUUGCAUCAGAAUGUUCAAGGGACACUGUUGUUGAACAUUUACACUCGAUAUUCGCAGAUUUGCUUGUUAGUAAGGGUCGUAUGAAUGUUGAAACAGACAGUGACGUCAAAGACCUAUUAGAUAUUCUUGAUAUCUACUCAAGUAGGGUUAUAAACUCAUAUGGCGGUUUGCGGCUCUUCCUUGCAUCCUCGCCGAAGUUUGCGUUUGAUCCCGAUGAUCCCAACAUUGUUUAUCUUGCCGAAGAGGCUGAAAUAUACUUGUUUUCUAAAAGAGAGGCUGCAAAGCAGAAAAGAAAAGGUUUCUAUAAAGACAACGAGGCACUUUUCAUCGAUGACGCUUUUAGCGGUAAGGACAAAAAUAGGUCUCCAAAAAAGACUUCAGUGAUGGCAACUGACCCAGCAAUCGUUUCAAUACUGCCGGAAUCAAACAACACACCGAAAUCAAAAACGAAAAAUAGCAAAAAGAUUUCAAAUUCCUCUAUCCAUGCUAAGUCAGAUAUAAAUGGCGGUGGACCGACCAUUGUUCAUUGCAUCAGUAAUUUCGGCGGUGUCGUUGUCGAUGAUGCUCCAUUUUACACUGACAACUCUUUCAAAAUAAACGGUAAUCAGGUACUUUUCAAGUCCAACUCCCACCCAUCAGUCAAAAAAUUAGAAACAAUUUCCAAGCAAGGUAAAGGAAAGAAAAGCUCUGACGAAAUAUCCGGCCACAACAGCGGCCACUACGUAGAACAGUUACGCAAUGAAAUGAUUAGAAAAUCGGACCAAAUCGAGGCAGAAAAAGUAAUCGAGGUUAGUCGAGUAGCAGCGGAAAAAAAGGAUGUUGCUGUGAUGACGGAAAGUGGAUUCAACAAUAACAACAACGGGAAUGGCUGGACAAGAGAGGAUGAUGGAGACGAGGACAUCCAUGAUGCGUAUGUCAGGGCGUUAGACAGCUGCGAACAGAUGAAAAAUAAACUGAAAAUCACGAAGGAGGCUGCAUCUGUGAAGGAAUCUGAACUGAAAAGCGAACUCGAGAGUCUAAAAAGCAAGUUGAUGAAGGAGCAACAGUCAAGAGAGAGUGCCCAAAAGAAGUGGCAACAAGAGAAAGACAAACUAAGCGGAACAAUCAAAUCGUUGUAUGAAAAAAUCGCGAGUUUUGACGAGAAUCGGUACAAAAUCAAGCUACAGGACCAAGAAAGAGAGAUGGAGAAAAUGAGCAUGAAAAUAGGGGAAUUAAGACUGCAGAAGGAGCAAAUUGUCUCAGAAAAUCAAGAUAUUAUUGACAAGUUGAGUACCUGUGUUACUGAGCAGUCAGUUAGGGCACAGAAAGCUGAGGUUCUGUUUAUGGAGCUUAAAAAGGCGGAAAUUUGCAACGAUUUCACGAGGAGCCUUGAGAACGUACAAAGGAACAUUUACACGAUCGAGAAUAAUCCUUUUUUGGAGCAAACCGUCAGCAGAUCUGAGAUGUUGAAAAUUUGGAAGAUACAUCAAGAUGUGGUAUCCAAAAUUUUGCGCACGUGGAUGACCGAAAUGGAAGAAAGAAUUCAGAUGAUAAAAGAUGGAACGCCGUUGGAUGAAAUUCCCCCGUUACCAGUACCGCAGUCACCUCCUUGUCCUCCGCAGCCAAAGAUGAUACCAUUCCCUGCGAACCCACCUAAUCAGGCCAACCCGAUACCAAUCCCGGGAUUUGCCUUUGGGAAUGCCCCCAUUCCAUCUAUGAUCGUGCCAUCAAAUGCUGCGAAUCAGCAGCCAACGGACUCGGUUAAUGGCCCACGUACUGCAAGUCCAACUGACGUCAACGAGCACAUGUCGCUCGCGAAUGUAGCCGAUUCGGAUUCAGACCCAGGCUCCGCACAAGCUGUUGCUGUUGCCCAGGCCUCCUUUGCUAACUCAGCAGCGAUCUCAAUCUCAACUGCAGAUACCAGUGCCGCGAAAGCAAAGGCUUCUCCACGCUCCAAGGAAACGAGAGGAGCAGAAGCUAAACCGGCAGAAUCCAAAGUAGAGAAGGUGACCUCGAGCAAGACUAACGAGAAAGGUGCUUCGAAGAGUACGAGUUUUGAGAAAAUUAUGGUCAAGCUUUGUUCUCAGUACCCUAGCAUACCAAGGGACGAACUCAUUACAUGCCUCAAGCAAUUUCGAGAGAAGCGCAACAACACUCUUGCCGGGCUGCGAGUCGAAGAAAUUAUCACUGGAGUGUCAAAAAUGAUCAAGGAGAGUCGGUUCGAAGAUGAAAAUAACAAAAUGUUGCAAAAACAGGCAAAAAUUAAAGCGAAGGCUUUUGGUUUUGAGGAGCCGUGCAUAAUUUGCCACGAGGAUAUGUUCUCGAUCCAAUCAACGAGGCUGCAGUGCAAGCAUGUCUUUCAUACCGAGUGCAUCAAACGAUGGCUUAAAGAGCAGCGAACGUGCCCCACUUGUAGAGACCACGCCCUGCUUCCUUCGGAGUACCCUUCGCUUCGGUAAAAACACUCCUAUAGACUGCUAUAUUUUACACGUAAUUGUGAAUACCUUCGCUGUUUUUAUUCUUAUGAAUAAAUAGUUUUCAGAUUUCGUCCUUAUUUUGUUUGAUGCUUCAGAGUAC